CUCCAAAGAAGACACUACUGGGGCUGAGGAGUAGGUGGGAGACGCCAUCUGUGUGAGUGGAGAGCUGAUCUCCCUGGCGUCAGCUGCAGGCCAUGCUGACCACUUUACUGCCAACCCAGCACUCUACUCCUGACCAAGCCCACCCACUGCGGCCACCAAGCACCUCUUCCACUCCCAGGACAGAGGAAGGAAAGGCCCGGCGUCUGAAGCAGGCAAAGGAGGAGGCACAGAUGGAGGUGGAGCAGUACCGUAGAGAGCGAGAGCAAGAAUUCCAGAGCAAGCAGCAGGCGGCCAUGGGCUCCCAGGGGAACUUGUCGGCUGAGGUGGAACAGGCUACAAGACGCCAGGUGCAGGGCAUGCAGAGCUCCCAGCAGAGAAACCGAGAACGCGUCCUGGCCCAACUUCUUGGCAUGGUCUGCGACGUCAGGCCCCAGGUCCACCCCAACUACCGGAUUGCUGUCUAGGAUCCACCGUAGGGCCUAACUGUUCCCUUCCAGUUCCCUUCCUCAAAGAAAUCCCCCAAUCAAAAUUACCUCCCACCAUCUUCGCUGCUUCUUUCCCACUUGCUCUCCAUUCCCUGGAAAUUCUAGGGGCAAGAUCCAAUAAUUCUGUGAAACUUAGAAGUUCUCCUGCUCAGAUCUGAAUCUCCUUAUUGUUCUUUAACCUUCACUGGGACCUUGUAAACUCCCAAGUCACCCCUUACGCGACCCCUCUUUGAAAUUUGUAGCAUGGAGAAGUAGGGAUGUGAAAAAACACUUUGGCUUCAGAGCCUGGCAGGCUGAAGUCCCUUUCCCAACCCUGCCACUUGCUGGGACAGGACAAGGUACUUAACCCCUAGUCCAGUGUCCUCCUCUACAGGACUAAAAUGAUGAUGAUGAUGAUGAUGAUACCUACCUUAGAGGGUUGCUGCAAUGAUUAGGAAUCACUCUGUAAAGAGCCUAGCGUGGUUUCUGGCAUCUAGUAGCUGUGAUUCAAUGAAUGGUAGCUCUAUGGUAUUAUUACCACUCCCUGCCCACCUGCCAAAACCUAAACACAGCUGUUUCCUCACAUUUGUCAACGGUUCUCUAAUUCUACUCAGUCAUUCUGUGAACCUAGUAAUUCUCUGAAGAAUUAGUUCUUCCCUCCUCUCUUUCCCUAGAGCUUUAUGAUCCCUGAAAAGUAAUGAAGACCUCGUUUAGCCUCUCUACUGUGAUUCCAGGAAGAUGUUGAAUUUCUUAGUCUUUCUUUUUGUGUCUAAGUUGGUCUUUCUGUUUAUUGGAUUCCCCCUUUUCCGAUUUCCCUGAAGACCCAUGAGAUGCUCACUGCUUCCUGAGAUCUAAAGUGAUGCUAUGUUCCCUUGUAUGCAUGGCCUUCCUUUCUACAUCUUGAACACCUUUCCCUUGUAACAAUGAAAAAGUUUCAAUAAAAAAAAAAAAAAACUGUGGGCAAAUCAA